UGUGAAAAACACUGAAACGACGAAAAAAAUACAUACAAUAUUGUUAUGUAUAUAUGCCGUGCGCGUGUAAACUGUGGUAACGAUUAAUAAAUCGACACGUCUGAAGGUCAUAUGAGGUUAUAUUAUAAACGAACGCGUGUUGUGCCCGAGUUUAUAUAAAAUCCCAUGGUACGUAAGACAUUUAAAUACAUCGAUUUCAGACGUCAACCGUCGUCGUCGUCGUCUUUGAUUCGUACCAGCGCGUGUGAUAAUUGCAGUUAAAAUAUUAUCAUCGACAGUCAUCCCAAAGUGCUACCCACCAGACGAGAAACCCGACAGCGGAGGACUCAAAAACAUUAUGGACCGCCGUUCGUUGCUGACCACGGUCUGCCUGUGGCUGUGCAGCGGAUGGUGCUGCGGCGCUCCCGCGGCGGGCCUGCUUCCGACUCACCGGCGGCCGGCCGUCGAGUCGCACCCGAUGUCGCUGGUGGCCACGCUGCACCCCGGCAGAAGUCGCGGGUUCGGUUCGCAGCAGCAGCAGAAGAAGUCGGCGGCGGCGGGGACCACGGUGUCGGUAGCACCGGAAGACAGUGCACAGCCGGCGGAUCAGGACGCUGCGGACACGGUCGGCUUCAACUUCGGCCUCGGCUUCGGGCUGGACACGCCGCUCAUCGAUUCGCUGCUUGAACGGCUGAUAAGGCGUAAACAGCUCCUGACGGCAGCGGCCGCGGCCGCUUACCCGGGUGCCGGAGGUUGGGGCGUGGGCGCCGGCGGCGGUGGAGGUUACUUUCCCGGACCGGCGGUCGUAUUCCCGUACGGCGGUGGCGGCGGUGGUGGCGUGGGCGGCGGUGGUGGAGGCGGCAUUCUCCCGUGGAACAGGCCCGCCGCAUACCCGUUCCCGUUCGUGCCGUCUCUGAACGGCCUGAAUCCGUUCGGUGGAGGAGGCGGCGGUGGAGUUGGAGUUGGCGGCAGCGGUUGGGGUGGUUUCGGCGGUGGUGGCAUCGGCGGCGGAGGCAUCGGCGGCGGCGGUUGGGGUGGCGGUUGGGGCGGUUUCAACCCACUGUUCGAUUUCGAUGAUUUCGGGUGGAAGAACAACAACGCCCAACAAUAAGCCCUCUCAAAUAUUACAUAAAUAUUAUGACCAUUGUAAUUAUAAAUUGAUUUAUAUAAAAACAAAUCUGUUUAAUAUUAAGAAAAUAUAAUAAUAUUACUUUUAUAGUUAAAUAGAUAUAGAAAAGGAUUUUCUGUCUGAAA